GAGUGUGAGCUGCUGUGCGAAGCUGAUGUCCUGUGUGAUGCGGCUGACGUUUCUGGCCAGGACCCGCACCUCUGCGAGGUCCAUGGCACGGAGGCUGCUGGCGGAGCGCCCACACCCGAAGGAUCUCUGUGCCAGUGAUGGCACAAAACGGGAGGCGGAGAGCAAGCCUGCCAGCAGUUCUGAGAAAGCCUGGCUGCGCUGGGGUCGGCCGGAGCGCACCGUUUUGCUGAUGACCUAUGCGUCUGGUGAGAUAUUCCUGAAGACGCAGAGGUUGAUGGACGAGAGCCUUCACAUAGCUGAAAUCGUGGACCAUUUGAAGUGGAACGAGUCCGAAUGGGAGUCAGGAGAGCGUUCUGAUUGGUACAACAGACAUGAAGAUGUGAACUUUCCACGCGGCGGCGCUUGGAAACCUUAUCUGAUAUGGCAGGCUUUUCGCCAGGUGAAGUGGGGAGACUGGCUCAUCUACCACGACUCGUCGCGGUACUACAGCCAGGGCUUCAGCAGCUCUGUGCAGCCCCUGCUCGAGUGGCUGGAGGAGAACCGCGAGGAGAACCCCUGCGAGUGUCUGCCGGCUGUCCAGAUGCGUGCGACGCUGGAGCACGAGUGGACCCAGCAAUGCGUGGCAGCCUACGGCGCCCAAAUGCCCAAAGCAGCUUUUGAAGUCUUCUGCGACGUCCUCACGAGACUGGAGCUAUGCGGGCCAGAGCGACAGACCGACUGUUGCGAGUACUACUGGCAGCAGCCGACACACCAACACUCUUGGUCCGUCUGGCGGAAGAACCGCCGGUCGGCUCGCCUGCUGCGAGAGUGGGCGAAGUGGUCCGAGAACUACAACACUUUGGCGCCGCUGCCUCUGGUGGAUCAGAGCCUCAUUGCGCUCCUCUUCUACAGGUUCAAGAAGCAGCUGGGACUUCGAACACUGUGGGUGCCCCGUUUGUUUCAGAAUGCCUGGAAUCAGGACGCAGACCUGACAACCUUUGGCCGAUGGGAUGGUGCUUUUCACAAGCACCUCAACUUCGUUCUAGACACGCUGGUCUACGAGAAGUAUCUGCAUGAGAAGAAGUACCUCUUCCUGGUCGAUCCAGAGGAGAUGCGCAUAGGGGUGCAUCCUUUCAGAGAAG